GUCAGGGUCAGGUCUUCUUCCUGCAAACAUCUCCAAAACCUCAGAAAUAGGGAAAGUUUCAAUCUUUCCUCUCCCUUUUUUUGAUUUUUUUGAUUUUUUGUUGCUGCUUCUCGUUUCUUCAUCCAAAAUCGUUGAUUCUGUUAAAGGAUAAGAAGAGGAGAAGAAGGCGAUUUACAGAUUAGCCCCUCCUUCAGGUUUGAGCUCUCGAAUACUCCAGGAUAUGAAAGGGGCAAGUCUUAAGAAGAAAACCCAGGUGUUGAACGAAGCUGGUGACGCUGAGACGGCUGUGGAAGCUGUCGGAGAAACCCGGAAAAUUAGUGGAGACGGUGGGUUUGUCAGUGACGACGGCGGAGGAGGAGUAGGAGCUGGAGCUGGAGCUGGAGCUGGAAGUGGUGAGUCGAUUCUUCGCGAGAUGGGUGAUGAUAGGCGUACAGAGGAUGGGGAUGGAGAUGAAGACGAAGAUGAGGAUGAAGAUGAUGGAGGAGAUGAGGGAGAUGAAGGAGAAGGAGAAGGACAAGGAGAAAGAGAAGGACAAGGAGGGCAAGAGGAAAGGCAAAAGCUUGAUGAUGGGUAUUUCGAAAUCGAAGCUAUACGUCGUAAGAGAGUUAGAAAAGGCAAGGUCCAGUAUCUAAUUAAAUGGCGUGGGUGGCCCGAAACAGCCAACACAUGGGAGCCUUUAGAGAAUCUCCAGUCUAUCGCUGAUGUUAUUGAUGCAUUUGAAGGAAGUUUAAGGCCAGGAAAGCCGGGUAGGAAGCGGAAGCGCAAAUAUGGUGGUCCUCAUUCUCAGAUGAAGAAGAAGCAACGCUUAACAUCUACAUCACAUGAGGCUGCGGAGAAAUCUGACUCUUCUACGUCUCUCAACAACUCCCUUCCUGAUAUUCCUGGGCCACUAGACCUAAGCGGUUCAAGUCUUCUAAAAGAAGAUGGGGAAGCAAAGAAUGCUUAUGCAUCCAGCCAAGUUGAAGCCAACAGCGGAAGUGUUGGGAUGGUACGGCAAGUUCCUUUGAUUGAAGAUGAGAAAGAGUAUGAUCCAACCCUUAACGAGUUAAGGGGACCAGUCAAUAAUAGUAAUGGUGCAGGAUGUUCUCAAGGAGUAGGCAUUGGUUCUGAAGGUGAUAAUGUAAGACCCAACGGCCUUCUCAAGGUUUAUCCUAAGGAGCUUGAUAAGAACAGUCGUUUCAUAGGUGCUAAGCGGAGGAAGUCUGGUUCUGUGAAAAGGUUCAAACAAGAUGGAUCCACAAGCAACAACCACACAACACCUACAGAUCAGAAUCUGACACCAGAUUUGACUACAUUAGACUCUUUUGGUAGGAUUGCAAGGCUCGGGAACGAGUAUCCUGGUGUGAUGGAAAAUAAUAAUUUGUCUCAGAAAACCAAGAUUGAGGAGUUGGACAUCACGAAGAUACUUAAACCGAUGAGCUUUUCAGCAUCUGUAUCAGACAAUGUCCAGGAUGUGUUGGUGACCUUUUUAGCGCUGAGGUCUGAUGGGAAGGAAGUGAUGGUGGACAACAGAUUUCUCAAGGCUCACAAUCCUCAUCUGCUGAUUGAAUUCUAUGAGCAACAUCUCAAGUACAAUCGCACGUCUUAAAUCAUCCCGAAAGGCAAGAAUUUGUUUGUACACAGCACUUGUAGGUAGAAAAAGAUUAGAUGGUUUUUUCUUUUCUUUAUUUUUUCUAGCAACGCAACAUGUAGAGUCGAGGUAGCAGUAAGUGGCUUUUUAUAUCGCGUCUCCGGGAGGUUUUUAGAUUGUAUUUUAUCUCUUCGGGUUCGUUAUGUUCACUCUCUAUCAUAGUAAAUCUUGUCACUUGAACUUUUGCUUCUUACAGAGGAGGUUUUGUUGUA